AGGGUGGGGUCCCCAGCUCCAAGAAGCUGAGUGAGUGUUGGGGGCUGGCCAGGCUCCUGGCCCAUCAGGGGACCCGCCCACUCCCUCUGGUGGGAUGUGGGGGUCCUGGCAGGGUCCAGAGCCAGCCCUAGGAGCAGGCAGAGGCGGGACAAUGGGGGGAGGAGCUGUGGAGGGAAGAACCGGGCGUGGCAGGGGGAGGUGGCCAGUUGGGAUCUUCACUUCUGGGCCAGUUGGGAGAGCGUCUGUAGCUUCCUUGGUUCCCAGCACAGGGUGUGCCUAGGGCUUGCUGUCGACACCCUCCCUCACCGGCCCCAACACCCACAAGACUACCCUGGAGAGAUUUCGGAGUGCAGCCGGCUGUGCCCAGCUCAGGGGCCCUUGACCGUGGUGCCCACCCCCAGCCCAGCAGACCUGUGUUUCCCUGCCUGGCGAGUCCCUUCUCCGAGGAGUUACCCUACCUGACCCUUUCUUGGGCCUCAUGGCAGCUGCCCCCCACCCCCAACCCAUCCAGGCUCCUGCCAGCUGGGUGGGGCUUUUUGGCUGGGGAGGCUGCGGAGGGAGGGGAAGGCGGCUGGGUUUCUGGGCAGCCUCAGAACACCUGCCCCACCCUGAGUGCUGGGCAGGGCCUGGGACACCCGGUCUCCGAGGCAGUGGAGCCCCUCCCCACUCAUGACCCCAGCUGCACCUGCUGGCAGGGGAGCAGCUGUGGGCCAAGUGACCCGGGGACCCUCCUCUGCCCCCAGCCCUGCUGGGUAGUUGCCCCAGCUCCAUACCUACUGGCUGGGUCCCCUUGGCUGCUUCUGUACUAUGGCUGCAGAGUUGCAACAGAGAUCAUGUGGCCUGUGUCCGGCCGACAGCUGCAGCCCGGGGAGCCAGGUGCAGAAACGGAAGAUGACCACUCUGUGACUGAAGGGCCUGCGGAUGAGGUCAUUCGACCACGGCCGCAGGGGUCUUCACCUGUCUACGAAUACACGACUGAGGCUGCCGACUUUGGACUCCAGGAAGACGCCCCCGGCAGGCAAGGUUCUGCUGGGAGACGGAGAUCCUGGUGGAAGCGAGAUUCAGGGGACUCACGGACAUUUUUCAGGAUGAGUCGUCCAGAGGCUGUCCAGGAGGCAACAGAGGUGACGCUGAAGACAGAGGUGGAGGCAGGAGCCAGUGGCUACAGUGUCACAGGUGGUGGGGACCAGGGGAUCUUCGUCAAGCAAGUGCUGAAGGACUCCUCAGCCGCCAAGCUUUUUAACUUGAGAGAAGGGGAUCAGCUGCUCAGUACAACCGUGUUCUUUGACAACAUAAAAUAUGAAGAUGCUCUCAAAAUCCUUCAAUAUUCAGAGCCGUACAAGGUUCAGUUCAAAAUCAGACGGCAGCUCCCUGCCCCACAGGAUGAAGAGUGGGCUUCCAGCGAUGCCCAGCACGGCCCACAGGGCAAGGAGAAGGAGGACACGGAUGUUGCUGAUGGGUGCAGAGAGACCCCCACGAAAACUCUGGAAGGAGAUGGGGACAAAGAGAGACUCAUCUCCAAACCCAGGGUGGGGAGAAGCAGGCAGACCCAGAGGGAGAGGCUCUCUUGGCCAAAAUUUCAAUCCAUAAAGAGCAAGCGGGGGCCAGGACCCCAGAGGUCACACAGCUCAUCAGAGGCCUACGAGCCCAGGGACGCACAUGACGUGUCCCCUACAAGCACAGACACAGAGGCCCAGCUCACGGUGGAGCGCCAAGAGCAGAAGGCAGGGCCGGGCAGCCAGAGGAGGCGGAAGUUCCUCAACCUGAGAUUCAGGACAGGCUCGGGACAGGGCCCUUCAUCGACAGGACAGCCAGGCAGGGGGUCCCAGAGUGGGGUGGGCCGUGCUGGGGUCCUGGAAGAGUUGGGGCCCUGGGGUGUUAGCCUCGAGGACACUGGGGCUGCCACAGGCAGCAGGAGAGAGGAGAGGGCAGAACAGGAUCGAGAAGUGAUGCCUGCUCAGAGCAUGCAGUUGCCCACAGAGCUCGGUGACCCUAGACUUUGCGAGGGAACCCCUCAGGAAGGGGGACUCAGGGCAGCCAGGCUCCACGGAAAGGCCCUGGAGGGGCAGGCACAGGAGACAGCAGUGGCCCAGAGGAAGCCCAGGGCCCAGCCAACUCCUGGAAUGAGCCGGGAAGGUGAAGGCGAGGGACUGCAGAGCCUGGAAAUCGGGAUCGCCAGACUGUCCUUGAGAGACACAACCGAAGGAGGCACACAGAUUGGCCCACCAGAAAUUAGGGUGCGAAUACACGAUUUAAAGACACCAAAAUUUGCAUUUUCCACAGAAAAAGAGCCAGAAGGAGAAAGGCGCCUUAGUACCCCACAGCGAGGGAAGAGACAGGAUGCGUCCUCAAAAGCCGGUACUGGCCUGAAGGGUGAGGAGGUGGAAGGAGCAGGGUGGGUGCCGGGCAGGGAACCAACCACACACGCAGAAGCACAGGGGGGUGAAGGAGAUGGAGAGGAAGGACUACAGAGGACAAGGAUCACUGAGGAACAGGACAAGGGCGGGGAAGACACAGAAGGACAGAUAAGAAUGCCCAAGUUCAAGAUACCCUCCUUAGGAUGGUCGCCAAGCAAGCACACAAAGACAGGCAGAGGAAAAGCCACAGAAGACACAGAGCAGGGAAGGGAAGGAGAGGCCACAGCAACAGCCGAUAGAAGAGAGCAGAGACACACAGAGGAAGGAUUAAAAGACAAAGAAGACAGUGACUCAAUGACAAACACAAUAAAAAUACAACUAACACACGAUGAAAAACGCUUAAAAAAGGAACAAAUUCUGAAAGAAAAGGAUGUGGCCACCAAAGACAGCAAGUUCAAAAUGCCCAAGUUCAAGAUGCCAUCGUUCGGGGCAUCAGCCCCAGGCAAGUCCAUGGAGGCCUCGGUGGAUGUGUCUGCGCCGAAGGUGGAGGCCGACGUGAGCCUCCCCUCCAUGCAGGGGGACCUCAAGACCACUGACCUCAGCGUUCAGACCCCUUCUGCUCACCUGGAGGUCCAGGAUGGCCAAGUGGACGUGAAACUCCCGGAGGGCCCCCUGCCUGAGGGAGCCAGCCUCAAAGGGCACCUGCCCAAGCUGCAGAUGCCCAGUUUGAAGAUGCCCAAAGUGGACCUCAAGGGCCCCAAGCUGGACCUGAAAGGUCCCAAGGCAGACAUCACGGCCUGCGACGUGGACGUGUCUCUGCCCAGCAUGGAGGUGGACGUCCAGGCCCCAGGCGCCAAGCUGGAUGGCGCACAGCCAGAGGGGGACCUGUCCCUGGCAGAAAAGGACGUGACUGCCAAAGACAGCAAGUUCAAAAUGCCCAAGUUCAAGAUGCCAUCCUUCGGGGUGUCGGCCCCAGGCAAGUCCAUGGAGGACUCGGUGGAUGUGUCUGCGCCGAAGGUGGAGGCCGACGUGAGCCUCUCCUCCAUGCAGGGGGACCUCAAGGCCACUGACCUCAGCAUUCAGCCCCCUUACCCUGACGUGGAGGUCCAGGUUGUCCAAGUGGAUGUGAAACUCCCGGAGGGCCCCGUGCCCGAGGGAGCCGGCCCCAAAGUGCAUCUGCCCAAAGUGGAGAUGCCCAGUUUAAAGAUGCCCAAAGUGGACCUCAAGGGCCCCCAGAUAGAUGUUAAGGGCCCCAAGCUGGACCUGAAAGGCCCCAAGGCAGAAGUGACAGCCCCCGAUGUCGAGGUGUCUCUGCCCAGCAUGGAGGUGGAUGUCCAGGCCCCGAAGGCCAAGCUGGAUGGUGCGCGGCUGGAGGGGGACCUGUCCCUGGCUGACAAGGACAUGACUGCCAAAGACAGCAAGUUCAAAAUGCCCAAGUUCAAGAUGCCGUCAUUUGGGGUAUCGGCCCCAGGGAAGUCCAUCAAGGCCUCGGUGGAUGUGUCUGCACCCAAGGUGGAGGCCAACGUGAGUCUCCCCUCCAUGCAGGGGGACCUGAAGACCACUGACCUCAGCAUUCAGCCCGCUUCUGCUGACCUGAAGGUCCAGGCUGACCAGGUGGAUGUGAAGCUCCCGGAGGGCCACGUGCCCGAGGGAGCCGGCCUUAAAGGGCACCUGCCCAAGGUGGAGAUGCCCAGUUUCAAGAUGCCCAAAGUGGACCUCAAGGGCCCCCAGGUGGACAUCAAGGGCCCCAAGCUGGACCUAAAAGACCCCAAGGUGGAAGUGAGAGUCCCCGAUGUCGAGGUGUCUCUGCCCAGCGUCGAGGUGGACGUCCAGGCUCCGAGAGCCAAGCUGGAUAGUGCACAGUUGGAGGGGGACCUGUCCUUGGCCGACAAGGACGUGACUGCCAAAGAAAGCAAGUUCAAAAUGCCCAAGUUCAAGAUGCCGUCGUUUGGGGUGUCUGCCCCAGGCAAGUCCAUCGAGGCCACGGUGGAUGUGUCUGCACCCAAGGUGGAGGCCGACAUGAGUCUCCCCUCCAUGCAGGGGGACCUGAAGGCCACUGACCUCAGCAUUCAGCCCCCUUCCGCCGACCUGAAUGUCCAGGCUGGCCAGGUGGAUGUGAAACUCCUGGAGGGCCCUGUGCCCGAGGGAGCCGGCCUCAAAGGGCACCUGCCCAAGGUGCAGAUGCCCAGUUUCAAGAUGCCCAAAGUGGACCUCAAGGGCCCUCAGGUGGACGUCAAGGGCCCCAAGCUGGACCUGAAAAGCCCCAAGGCGGAAGUCACAGUCCCUGAUGUGGAGGUGUCUCUGCCCAGCGUGGAGGUGGACGUCCAGGCCCCGAGAGCCAAGCUGGAUGGUGCGCAGCUGGAGGGGGACCUGUCGCUGGCCGACAAGGACAUCACUGCCAAAGACAGCAAGUUCAAAAUGCCCAAGUUCAAGAUGCCGUCCUUCGGGGUGUCAGCCCCAGGCAAGUCCAUCGAGGCCUCGGUGGAUGUGUCUGCGCCGAAGGUGGAGGCUGAUGUGAGCCUCCCCUCCAUGCAGGAGGAACUCAAGACCACUGACCUCAGCAUUCAGCCCCCUUCUGCCGACCUGAAGGUCGAGGCUGGCCAGGUGGACGUGAAACUCCUGGAGGGCCCUGUGCCCGAGGGAGCCGGCCUCAAAGGGCACCUGCCCAAGGUGCAGAUAUCCAGUUUCAAGAGGCCCAAAGUGGACCUCAAGGGCCCCCAGGUGGACGUCAAGGGCCCCAAGCUGGACCUGAAAAGCCCCAAGGCGGAAGUCACAGCCCCUGAUGUGGAGGUGUCUCUGCCCAGCGUGGAGGUGGACGUCCAGGCCCCGAGAGCCAAGCUCGAUGGUGCGCAGCUGGAGGGGUACCUGUCCCUGGCCGACAAGGACGUCACUGCCAAAGACAGCAAGUUCAAAAUGCCCAAGUUCAAGAUGCCGUCCUUCGGGGUGUCAGCCCCAGGCAAGUCCAUCGAGGCCUCGGUGGAUGUGUCUGCGCCGAAGGUGGAGGCUGAUGUGAGCCUCCCCUCCAUGCAGGAGGAACUCAAGACCACUGACCUCAGCAUUCAGCCCCCUUCCGCUGACCUGAAGGUCGAGGCUGGCCAGGUGGACGUGAAACUCCUGGAGGGCCCUGUGCCCGAGGGAGCCGGCCUCAAAGGGCACCCGCCCAAGGUGCAGAUACCCAGUUUCAAGAUGCCCAAAGUGGACCUCAAGGGCCCCCAGGUGGAUGUCAAGGACCCCAAGCUGGACCUGAAAAGCCCCAAGGCGGAAGUCACAGCCCCUGAUGUGGAGGUGUCUCUGCCCAGCGUGGAGGUGGACGUCCAGGCCCCGAGAGCCAAGCUGGAUGGUGCGCAGCUGGAGGGGGACCUGUCGCUGGCCGACAAGGACGUCACUGCCAAAGACAGCAAGUUCAAAAUGCCCAAGUUCAAGAUGCCGUCCUUCGGGGUGUCAGCCCCAGGCAAGUCCAUCGAGGCCUCGGUGGAUGUGUCUGCGCCGAAGGUGGAGGCUGAUGUGAGCCUCCCCUCCAUGCAGGAGGAACUCAAGACCACUGACCUCAGCAUUCAGCCCCCUUCUGCCGACCUGGAGGUCCAGGCUGGCCAGGUGGAUGUGAAGCUCCCGGAGGGCUACAUGCCCAAAGGAACUGGCCUCAAAGGGCACCUGCCCAAGGUGCAGGUGCCUAGUUUCAAGAUGCCCAAAGUGGAUCUCAAGGGCCCCAAAAUAGACAUCAAGGGCCCCAAGCUGGACCUGAAAGGCCCCAAGGCAGAGGUGACGGCCCCCGACAUGGAGGUGUCUCUGCCCAGCGUGGAGGUGGACGUCGAGGCCCCGGGAGCCAAGCUGGACAGUGCGCGGCUGGAGGGGGACCUGUCCCUGGCCGACAAGGAUGUGACUGCCAAAGACAGCAGGUUCAAAAUGCCCAAGUUCAAGAUGCCAUCGUUCGGGGAGUCAGCCCCAGGCAAGUCCAUCGAGGCCUCGGUGGAUGUGUCUGUGCCGAAGGUGGAGGCCGACGUGAGCCUUCCCUUCAUGCAGGGGGACCUCAGGACCACUGACCUCAGCAUUCAGCCCCCUUCUGCUGACCUGGAGGUCCACACUGGCCAGGUGGACGUGAAGCUCUUGGAGGGCCACGUGCCUGAGGGAGCCGGCUUCAAAGGGCACCUGCCCAAGGUGCAGAUGCCUAGUUUGAAGAUGCCCAAAGUGGACCUCAAGGGCCCCCCGGUGGAAGUCAGGGGCCCCAAGCUGGACCUGAAAGGUCCCAAGGCAGAGGUGACGGCCCACGAUGUGGCUGUGUCUCUGUCCAGUGUGGAGGUAGACAUCCAGGCCCCGGGAGCCAAGUUGGAUGGCGCACAGUUGGACGGGGACCUGUCUCUGGCCGACAAGGACGUGACUGCCAAAGAAAGCAAGUUCAAAAUGCCCAAGUUCAAGAUGCCGUCGUUCGGGGUGUCUGCCCCAGGCAAGUCCAUCGAGGCCUCCGUGGACCUGUCUGGACCCAAGGUGGAGGCCGACAUGAGCCUCCCCUCCGUGCAGGGGGACCUCAAGACCACUGACCUCAGCAUUCAGCCCCCUUCCACUGACCUGGAGCUCCAGGCUGGCCAAUUGGACGUGAAACUCCCGGAGGGCCCCGUGCCCGAGGGAGCCGGCCUCAAAGGGCACCUGCCCAAGCUGCAGAUGCCCAGUGUCAAGGUGCCCAAACUGGACCUCAAGGGCCCUGAAAUAGACAUCAAGGGCCCCAAGCUGGACCUAAAAGACCCCAAGGUGGAAGUGACAGCCCCUGAUGUGGAGGUUUCUCUGCCCAGUGUGGAGGUGGACGUCGAGGCCCCAGGAGCCAAGCUGGAUGGUGCACGGCUGGAGGAGGACAUGUCCCUGGCCGACAAGGACGUGACUACCAAAGACAGCAAGUUCAAAAUGCCCAAGUUCAAGAUGCCCUCCUUCGGGGUGUCUGCCCCAGGCAAGUCCAUCGAGGCCUCAGUGGAUGUGUCUGCGCCGAAGGUGGAGGCUGACGUGAGCCUCCCCUCCAUGCAGGGGGACCUGAAGGCCACUGACCUGAGCAUACAGCCCCCUUCCGCUGACCUGGAGGUCCAUGCUGGCCAAGUGGACGUGAAGCUCCCGGAGGGCCCUGUGUCCGAGGGAGCCGGACUCAAAGGGCACCUGCCCAAAGUGCGGAUGCCCAGUUUCAAGAUGCCCAAAGUGGACCUCAAGGGCCCCCAGAUAGAUGUUAAGGGCCCCAAGCUGGACCUGAAAGGCCCCAAGGCGGAAGUGACAGCCCCUGAUGUGAAGAUGUCUCUGUCCAGCAUGGAGGUGGACGUCCAGGCCCCGAGAGCAAAGCUGGAUGGUGCGCAGCUGGAGGGGGACCUGUCCCUGGCCGACAAGGAGGUGACUGUCAAAGACAGCAAGUUCAAAAUGCCCAAGUUCAAGAUGCCAUCAUUCGGGGUAUCGGCCCCAGGCAAGUCCAUUGAGGCCUCGGUGGAUGUGUCUGAGCCGAAGGUGGAAGCUGAUGUGAGCCUCCCCUCCAUGCAGGGGGACCUCAAGACCACUGACCUCAGCAUUCAGUCCCCUUCCGCCGACCUGGAGGUCCAGGCUGGCCAAGUGGACGUGAAACUCCUGGAGGGCCCCCUGCCCGAGGGAGCCAGCUUCAAAGGGCACCUGCCCAAGGUGCAGAUGCCCAGUUUGAAGAUGCCCAAAGUGGCCCUCAAGGGCCCCCAGAUGGACGUCAAGGGCCCCAAGCUGGACCUGAAAGGCCCCAAGGUGGAGGUGAUGGCCCCCGAUGUGGAGGUGUCUCUGCCCAGCGUAGAGGUGGACGUCGAGGCCCCAGGAGCCAAGCUGGACGGUGUGCGGCUGGAGGGUGACCUGUCCCUGGCCGACAAGGAUGUGACUGCCAAAGACAGCAAGUUCAAAAUGCCCAAGUUCAAGAUGCCGUCGUUCGGGGUGUCUGCCCCAGGCAAGUCCAUCGAGGCCUCGGUGGAUGUGUCUGCGCCGAAGGUGGAGGCCGACGUGAGCCUCCCCUCCAUGCAGGGGGACCUCAAGACCACGGACCUCUGCAUUCUGCUCCCUUCUGCAGACCUGGAGGUCCAGGCUGGCCAAGUGGACAUGAAGCUCCCAGAGGGCCAGGUGCCCGAGGGAGCUGGCCUCAAAGGGCACUUGCCCAAGGUGGAGAUGCCCAGUUUCAAGAUGCCCAAAGUGGACCUCAAGGGCCCCCAGAUGGAUGUUAAGGGCCCCAAGCUGGACCUGAAAGGCCCCAAGGCGGAAGUGACAGCCCCCGAUGUCGAGGUGUCUCUGCCCAGCGUGGAGGUGGAUGUCCAGGCCCGGAAGGCUAAGCUGGAUGGUGCGCGGCUGGAGGGAGACCUGUCCCUGGCCGAUAAGGACAUGACUGCCAAAGACAGCAAGUUCAAAAUACCCAAAUUCAAGAUGCCGUCGUUCGGGGUAUCGGCCCCAGGGAAGUCCAUCGAGGCCUCGAUGGAUGUGCCUGCACACAAGGUGGAGGCUGAUGUGAGUCUCCCCUCCAUGCAGGGGGACCUGAAGACCACUGACCUCAGCAUUCAGCCCCCUUCUGCCGACCUGAAGGUCCAGGCUGGCCAGGUGGAUGCGAAGCUCCUGGAGGGCCACGUGCCCGAGGGAGCUGGCCUCAAAGGGCACCUGCCCAAGGUGGAGAUGCCCAGUUUCAAGAUGCCCAAAGUGGACCUCAAGGGCCCCCAGGUGGACAUCAAGGGCCCCAAGCUGGACCUAAAAGACCCCAAGGUGGAAGUGAGAGUCCCCGAUGUCGAGGUGUCUCUGCCCAGUGUGGAGGUGGAGGUCCAGGCCCCGAGAGCCAAGCUGGAUAGUGCGCAUCUGGAGGGGGACCUGACCCUGGCCGACAAGGACGUGACUGCCAAAGAAAGCAAGUUCAAAAUGCCCAAGUUCAAGACGCUGUCGUUUGGGGUGUCUGCCCCAGGCAAGUCCAUCGAGGCCUCGGUGGAUGUGUCUGCGUCGAAGGUGGAGGCCGACGUGAGCCUCCCCUCCAUGCAGGGGGACCUCAAGACCACUGACCUCAGCGUUCAGCCCCCUUCCACUGACCUGGAGGUCCAGGCUGGCCAAGUGGAUGUGAAACUCCCAGAGGGCCCCGUGCCGGAGGGAGCCGGCCUCAAAGGGCACCUGCCCAAGCUGCAGACGCCCGGUUUCAAGAUGCCCAAAAUAGAUCUCAAGGGCCCCCAGAUAGAUGUCAAGGGCCCCAAGCUGGACCUGAAAGGCCCCAAGACGGACGUGAUGGCCCCCAACGUGGAGGUGUCUCAGCCCAGCGUGGAGGGGGAUGUCAAGGCCCCGGGAGCCAAGCUGGAUGGUGCGUGGCUGGAGGGGGACCUGUCCGUGGCCGACAAGGAUGUGACUACCAAAGACAGCAGGUUCAAAAUGCCCAAGUUCAAGAUGCCGUCGUUCGGGGUGUCUGCCCCAGGCAAGUCCAUCGAGGCCUCAGUGGAUGUGUCUGCGCCGAAGGUGGAGGCCGAUGUGAGCCUCUCCUCCGUGCAGGGGGACCUCAAGGCCACUGACCUCAGCAUUCAGCCCCCUUCCGCUGACCUAGAGGUCCAGGCUGGCCAAGUGGACGUGAAACUCCCAGAGGGCCCUGUGUCCGAGGGAGGCGGCCUCAAAGGGCACCUGCCCAAGGUGCAGAUGCCCAGUUUGAAGAUGCCCAAAGUGGACCUCAAGGGCCCCCAGAUAGAUGUUAAGGGCCCCAACGUGGACCUGAAAGGCCCCAAGGCGGAAGUGACAGCCCCAGAUGUGAAGAUGUCUCUGUCCAGCAUGGAGGUGGACGUCCAGGCCCCAAGAGCAAAGCUGGAUGGUGCGCGGCUGGAGGGGGACCUGUCCCUGGCCAACAAGGGCAUGACAGCCAAAGACAGCAAGUUCAAAAUGCCCAAGUUCAAGAUGCCAUCAUUCGGGGUGUCGGCCCCAGGCAAGUCCAUCGCGGUGUCGGUGGAUGUGUCUGAGCUGAAGGUGGAAGCUGACGUGAGCCUCCCCUCCAUGCAAGGGGACCUUAAGACCACUGACAUCAGCAUUCAGCCCCCCUCCGCCCAACUGGAGGUCCAGGCUGGCCAGGUGGACGUGAAACUCCCAGAGGGCCACGUUCCCGAGGGAGCCGGCCUCAAAGGGCACCUGCCCAAGGUGCAGAUGCCCAGUUUCAAGAUGCCCAAAGUGGAUCUCAAGGGCCCCCAAAUAGACGUCAAGGGCCCCAAGCUGGACCUGAAAGGCCCCAAGGCGGAGGUGACGGCCCCCGACAUGGAGGUGUCUCUGCCCAGCGUGGAGGUGGACGUCGAGGCCCCGAGAGCAAAGCUGGAUGGUGCACGGCUGGAGGGUGACCUGUCCCUGGCCGACAAGGAUGUGACUGCCAAAGACAGCAAGUUCAAAAUGCCCAAGUUCAAGAUGCCGUCGUUCGGGGUGUCUGCCCCAGGCAAGUCCAUUGAGGUCUCGGUGGAUGUGUCUGCGCCGAAGGUGGAGGCCGACGUGAGCCUCCCCUCCAUGCAGGGGGACCUCAAGACCACUGACAUCAGCAUUGAGCCCCCCUCUGCCCAACUGGAGGUCCAGGCUGGCCAGGAGGACGUGAAGCUCCCAGAGGGCCAUGUUCCCGAGGGAGCCGGCCUCAAAGGGCACCUGCCCGAGGUCCAGAUGCCCAGUUUCAAGAUGCCCAAAGUGGAUCGCAAGGGCCCCCAGAUAGACGUCAAGGGCCCCAAGCUGGACCUGAAAGGCCUGAAGACGGACGUGACGGCCCCCGACAUGGAGGUGUCUCAGCCCGGCAUGGAGGUGGACGUUGAGGCCCCAGGAGCCAAGCUGGAUGGUGCACCGCUGGAGGGGGACCUGUCCCUGGCUGACAAGGAUGUGACUGCCAAAGACAGCAAGUUCAAAAUGCCCAAAUUCAAGAUGCCGUCGUUCAGGGUGUCUGCCCCAGACAAGUCCAUCGAGGCCUCAGUGGAUGUGUCUGUACCGAAGGUGGAGGCCGACAUGAGCCUCCCCUCCAUGCAGGGGGACCUCAAGACCACUGACCUCAGCAUUCAGCUCCCUUCUGCAGACCUGGAGGUCCAGGCUGGCCAGGUGGACGUGAAGCUCCCGGAGGGCCACAUGCCCGAGGGAGCUGGCCUCAAAGGGCACCUGCCCAAGGUGGAGAUACCCAGUUUCAAGAUGCCCAAAGUGGACCUCAAGGGCCCCCAGGUGGACAUCAAGGGCCCCAAGCUGGACCUAAAAGUCCCCAAGGCGGAAGUCACAGCCCCUGAUGUGGAGGUGUCUCUGCCCAGCGUGGAGGUGGACAUCCAGGCCCCGAGAGCCAAGCUGGAUGGUGCGCGGCUGGAGGGGGACCUGUCCCUGGCCGAAAAGGAUGUGACUGCCAAAGACAGCAAGUUCAAAAUGCCCAAGUUCAAGAUGCCCUCCUUCGGGGUGUCGGCCCCAGGCAGGUCCAUCCAGGCCUCGCUGGAUGUGUCUGCGCCGAAGGUGGAGGCCGACGUGAGCCUCUCCUCCAUGCAGGGGGACCUCAAGGCCACUGACCUCAGCGUUCAGCCCCCUUCCGCUGACCUGGAAGUCCAGGCUGUCCAAGUGGAUGUGGAACUCCUGGAGGGCCCCGUGCCUGAGGGAGCCGGCCUCAAAGGGCACCUGCCCAAAGUGGAGAUGCCCAGUUUAAAGAUGCCCAAAGUGGACCUCAAUGGCCCCCAGAUAGAUGUUAAGGGCCCCAAGCUGGACCUGAAAGGCCCCAAGGCAGAAGUGGGAGUCCCCGAUGUCGAGGUGUCUCUGCCCAGCGUGGAGGUGGAUAUCCAGGCCCCGAAGGCCAAGCUGGAUGCUGGGCGGCUGGAGGGAGACCUGUCCCUGGCUGACAAGGACGUGACUGCCAAAGACAGCAAGUUCAAAAUGCCCAAAUUCAAGAUGCCGUCGUUCAGGGUAUCGGCCCCAGGGAAGUCCAUGGAGGCCUCGGUGGAUGUGUCUGCACCCAAGGGGGAGGCCGACAUGAGUCUCCCCUCCAUGCAGGGGGACCUGAAGACCACUGACCUCAGCAUUCAGCCCCCUUCUGCCGACCUGAAGGUCCAGGCUGGCCAGAUGGAUGUGAAGCUCCCAGAGGGCCACAUGCCCGAGGGAGCCGGCCUUAAAGGGCACCUGCGCAAGGUGGAGAUGCCCAGCUUCAAGAUGCCCAAAGUGGACCUCAAGGGCCCCCAGGUGGACAUCAAGGGCCCCAAGCUGGACCUAAAAGUCCCCAAGGUGGAAGUCACAACCCCUGAUGUGGAGGUGUCUCUGCCCAGCGUGGAGGUGGACGUCCAGGCCCCAAGAGCCAAACUGGAUAGUGCACAGCUGGAGGGGGACCUGUCCCUGGCCGACAAGGAUGUGACUGCCAAAGACAGCAAAUUCAAAAUGCCCAAGUUCAAGAUGCCAUCAUUUGGGGUGUCUGCCCCAGGCAAGUCCAUUGAGGCCUCGGUGCAUGUGUCUGCACCCAAGGUGGAGGCCGACGUGAGUCUUCCCUCCAUGCAGGGGGACCUGAAGACCACUGACCUCAGCAUUCAGCCCCGUUCUGCCGACCUGAAGGUCCAGGCUGGCCAGGUGGACGUGAAACUCCUGGAGGGCCACGUGCCCGAGGAAGCCGGCCUCAAAGGACACCUGCCCAAGAUGCAGACGCCCAGUUUAAAGAUGCCCAAAGUGGACCUCAAGGGCCCUGAAAUAGACAUCAAGGGCCCCAAGCUGGACCUAAAAGACCCCAAGGUGGAAGUGACAGCCCCUGAUGUGGAGGUUUCUCUGCCCAGCGUGGAGGUGGACGUCGAGGCCCCAGGAGCCAAGCUGGCUGGUGCACGGCUGGAGGGGGACAUGUCCCUGGCCAACAAGGACGUGACGGCCAAAGACAGCAAGUUCAAAAUGCCCAAGUUCAAGAUGCCGUCGUUCGGGGUAUCUGCCGCAGGCAUGUCCAUGGAGGCAUCAGUGGAUGUGACCGCGCCGAAGGUGGAGGCCGACGUGAGCCUCCCUUCCAUGCAGGGGGACCUCAAGGCCACUGACCUCAGCGUUCAGCCCCCUUCCGCUGACCUGGAGGUCCAGGCUGGCCAAGUGGACGUGAAACUCCCAGAGCGCCCUGUGUCCGAGGGAGCCGGACUCAAAGGGCACCUGCCCAAGGUGCAGAUGCCCAGUUUCAAGAUGCCCAAAGUGGACCUCAAGGGCCCCCAGAUAGAUGUUAAGGGCCCCAAGCUGGACCUGAAAGGCCCCAAGGCGGAAGUGACAGCCCCUGAUGUGAAGAUGUCUCUGUCCAGCAUGGAGGUGGACGUCCAGGCCCCAAGAGCAAAGCUGGAUGGUGCGCAGCUGGAGGGGGACCUGUCCCUGGCUGACAAGGAGGUGACUGCCAAAGACAGCAAGUUCAAAAUGCCCAAGUUCAAGAUGCCAUCAUUCGGGGUGUCGGCCCCAGGCAAGUCCAUCGAGGCGUCCGUGGAUGUGUCUGAGCUGAAGGCCGAAGCCGACAUGAGCCUCCCCUCCAUGCAGGGGGACCUCAAGACCACUGACCUCAGCAUUCAGUCCCCUUCCGCCGACCUGGAGGUCCAGGCUGGCCAAGUGGACGUGAAACUCCCGGAGGGCCCUCUGCCCGAGGGAGCCGGCCUCAAAGGGCACCUGCCCAAGGUGCAGAUGCCCAGUUUGAAGAUGCCCAAAGUGGCCCUCAAGGGCCCCCAGGUGGAUGUCAAGGGCCCCAAGCUGGACCUGAAAGGCCCCAAGGCGGAGGUGAUGGCCCCCGAUGUGGAGGUGUCUCUGCCCAGCGUGGAGGUGGACGUCGAGGCCCCGGGAGCCAAGCUGGACAGUGCGCGGCUGGAGGGUGACCUGUCGCUAGCCGACAAGGACAUGACUGCCAAAGACAGCAAGUUCAAAAUGCCCAAGUUCAAGAUGCCGUCGUUCGGGGUGUCUGCCCCAGGCAAGUCCAUCGAGGCCUCGUUGGAUGUGUCUGCGCCGAAGGUGGAGGCUGACAUGAGCCUCCCCUCCAUGCAGGGGGACCUGAAGACCGCUCACCUCAGCAUUCAGCCCCCUUCCGCUGAUCUGGAGGUCCAGGCUGGCCAAGAGGAUGUGAAACUCCCAGAGGGCCCCGUGCACGAGGGAGCCGGCCUCAAAGGGCACCUGCCCAAGGUGCAGAUGCCCAGUUUCAAGGUACCCAAAGUGGACCUCAAGGGUCCCCAGAUAGACGUUAAUGUCCCCAAGCUGGACCUGAAAGGCCCCAAGGUGGAGGUGACGGCCCCCAACCUGGAUGUGUCUCUGCCCAGCAUGGAGGUGGACAUCCAAGCCCCAGGAGCCAAGCUGGACGGUACACGGUUGGAGGGGGACCUGUCCCUGGCUGACAAGGACAUGACUGCCAAAGACAGCAAGUUCAAAAUGCCCAAGUUCAAGAUGCCAUCCUUUGGGAUGUUGUCCCCAGGCAAGUCCAUCGAGGUCUCGGUGGAUGUGUCUGCGCCGAAGAUGGAGGCUGACAUGAGCCUUCCCUCCAUGCAGGGGGACCUCAAGACCACUGACCUCCGCAUUCAGGCCCCUUCCGCCGACCUGGAGGUCCAGGCUGGCCAGGUGGACUUGAAACUUCCAGAAGGCCACAUGCCCGAGGUAGCCGGCCUCAAAGGGCACCUGCCCAAGGUGGAGAUACCCAGUUUCAAGAUGCCCAAAGUGGACCUCAAGGGCCCCAAGCUGGACCUGAAAGGCCCAAAGGCAGAGGUGAUGGCCCCCGACGUGGAGGUGUCUCUGCCCAGUGUGGAGAUGGACGUCCAGGCCCCAGGAUCCAUGCUGGAUGGUGCGCGGCUUGAGGGGGACCUGUCCCUGGCCCACGAGGAUGUAGCUGGGAAAGACAGUAAGUUUCAAGGGCCAAAACUGAGCACGUCUGGUUUUGAAUGGUCGUCAAAGAAAGUUUCCAUGUCUUCCUCUGAAAUCGAAGGAAAUCUUACAUUCCAUGAGAAGACUUCCGCAUUUCCCGUUGUGGAAUCUGUUGUUCAUGAAGGUGAUCUUCAUGAUCCAUCUCGCGAUGGUAACUUGGGGCUUGCUGUUGGAGAAGUUGGAAUGGAUUCGAAGUUUAAGAAACUGCAUUUUAAAGUGCCCAAAGUUUCAUUUUCUUCUACCAAAACUCCUAAAGAUAGUUUAGUCCCAGGUGCAAAGUCUAGCAUAGGUCUUUCCACGAUUCCUUUAUCAUCUUCAGAAUCCUCAAGUUUUGAAUUACAACAGGUUUCGGCUUGUUCAGAGCCAUCCAUGCAGAUGCCUAAGGUGGGUUUGGCUGGGUUUCCAUCAUCCCGGCUUGAUCUCACUGGUCCUCACUUUGAAUCUUCUAUUCUCUCUCCCUGUGAGGAUGUUACACUUACAAAAUACCAGGUGACUGUUCCCAGCGCUGCCUUGGCCCCUGAGCUCGCUCUGGAAAUUCCUUCUGGGUCUCAGGCUAAUAUUCCUCUUCCCAAGACAGAGUGCUCCGCUGACCUGCAGCCUCCAGAGGGAGUUCCAACAUCUCAAGCUGAGAGUCACUCUGGCCCACUGAAUUCCAUGAUUCCUGUUUCUCUUGGUCAGGUGUCUUUUCCUAAAUUCUAUAAACCAAAGUUUGUGUUUUCAGUCCCCCAAAUGGCAGUUCAUGAGGGAGACCUACAUGCAGCAAUGGGUGCCCCAGUCAUGUCUCCUCUUAGCCCUGGAGAAGGAAUGCAGUGCCCCUUGCCAAGCACCCAGCUGCCAUCCCCAGGCACCUCUGUGUCCCAGAGCCCAGAAGAGCUUGUGGCCUCCUUGCAGACAUCAGUAGUGGCCCCUGGAGAAGCCCCUUCUGAAGAUGCUGACCACGAAGGGAAAGGGAGUCCCUUGAAAAUGCCUAAGAUUAAGCUUCCAUCAUUUAGGUGGUCCCCGAAGAAGGAAACAGGGCCAAAGGUGGACCCAGAAUGCAGCGUGGAGGACUCAAAACUCAGCCUGGUUUUAGACAAGGAUGAAGUGGCCCCGCAGUCUGCCAUCCACAUGGAUCUGCCUCCUGAGAGGGAUGGAGAGAAGGGGAGGAGCACAAAGCCUGGCUUUGCCAUGCCAAAACUUGCACUUCCCAAAAUGAAGGCUUCUAAGAGUGGGGUCAGCCUGCCACAGAGAGACGUGGAUCCUUCCCUUUCUAGUGCCACAGCAGGGGGUAGCUUUCAAGACACACAAAAGGCCAGCAGUGACGGUGGUAGGGGAGGACUUGGUGCAACAGCAAGUGCCACAGGAAGUGAGGGUGUGAACCUCCACCGGCCACAGGUCCGCAUUCCCAGUUUGGGCUUUGCCAAACCUGAUCUCAGAUCCUCCAAGGCCAAGGUGGAGGUGAGCCAGCCUGAAGCUGACCUGCCUCUUCCCAAACAUGAUCUGUCUACCGAAGGUGACAGCAGAGGAUGUGGGCUCGGGGAUGUCCCAGCGAGCCAGCCUUGUGGGGAGGGGAUAGCACCCACACCUGAAGAUCCCCUCCAGCCAUCCUGUAGAAAACCAGAUGCUGAAGUCCUCACAGUGGAAAGUCCAGAGGAGGAAGCCAUGACCAAGGACUCCCAGGAAAGCUGGUUUAAAAUGCCCAAGUUCCGCAUGCCCAGCCUUAGGCGCUCUUUCAGGGACAGAGGCGGGGCUGGAAAGCUGGAAGUGGCUCAGACACAGGCACUGGCAGCAACAGGGGGUGAAGCAGCAGCUAAAGUCAAAGAGUUCCUUGUUUCUGGGUCAAAUGUGGAGGCAGCUAUGUCCCUACAGCUCCCAGAGGCAGAUGCAGAAGUGACAGCUUCUGAGAGAAAAUUAUCCACAGAUAUUCUAAGGUGUGAUCUUGACAGCACAGGCUUGAAGCUGCACCUCUCCACUGCUGGGAUGACUGCGGAUGAGCUUUCCACUUCUGAGGUCAGGAUCCAUCCAUCCAAAGGACCUCUCCCUUUUCAGAUGCCUGGCAUGAGGCUUCCAGAAACCCAGGUUCUUCCAGGAGAAAUAGAUGAGACUCCUCUUUCCAAGCCAGGACAUGACCUUGCCAGCAUGGAGGAUAAAACAGAGAAAUGGUCUUCCCAGCCUGAAGGUCCACUUAAAUUGAAAGCUUCAAGUACUGAUAUGCCAUCCCAGAUUUCUGUGGUUAAUGUAGAUCAACUGUGGGAAGAUUCUGUCCUAACUGUCAAAUUCCCCAAAUUAAUGGUACCAAGGUUCUCCUUCCCUGCCCCCAGCUCAGAGGAUGAUGUGUUCAUCCCCACUGUGAGGGAAGUGCAGUGUCCAGAGGCCAAUAUUGAUACAGCCCUUUGUAAGGGAAGUCCGGGGCUCUGGGGAGCCAGCAUCCUGAAGGCAGGUGCUGGGGUCCCCGGGGAGCAGCCUGUGGACCUUAACCUGCCUUUGGAAGCUCCCCCAAUUUCAAAGGUCAGAGUGCAUAUUCAGGGUGCUCAGGUUGAAAGUCAAGAGGUCACUAUACACAGCAUAGUGACACCAGAGUUUGUAGAUCUCUCAGUACCCAGGACUUUUUCCACUCAGAUUGUGCGGGAAUCAGAGAUCCCCACGUCAGAGAUUCAAACACCUUCGUACGGAUUUUCCUUAUUAAAAGUGAAAAUCCCAGAGCCCCACACUCAGGCUAGAGUGUACACAACAAUGACUCAACACUCUAGGACUCAGGAGGGUGCAGAAGAGGCUCCCAUACAAGCCACCCCAGGAGUAGACUCCAUUUCUGGAGAUCUCCAGCCUGACACUGGAGAACCAUUUGAGAUGAUCUCUUCCAGCGUCAAUGUACUGGGACAGCAAACACUCACAUUUGAAGUUCCUUCUGGCCACCAGCUUGCAGACAGCUGUUCAGAUGAGGAGCCAGCAGAAAUUCUUGAGUUUCCCCCUGAUGAUAGCCAAGAGGCAACCACACCACUGGCAGAUGAAGGCAGGGCUCCAAAAGACAAACCAGAAAGUAAAAAAUCUGGUCUGCUCUGGUUUUGGCUUCCAAACAUUGGGUUUUCCUCUUCUGUUGAUGAGACAGGUGUUGAUUCCAAAAAUGACGUCCAGAGAUCUGCUCCCAUUCAAACACAGCCUGAGGCACGACCAGAGGCAGAACUGCCUAAAAAACAGGAGAAGGCAGGCUGGUUCCGAUUUCCCAAAUUAGGGUUCUCCUCAUCUCCUACCAAGAAAAGCAAAAGCACCGAAGAUGAGGCAGAGCUGGAAGAACAAAAACUUCAAGAAGAAACAAUCACCUUUUUUGAUGCCCGAGAAAGUUUCUCCCCUGAAGAGAAGGAAGAGGGUGAACUGAUCGGGGCUGUGGGCACUGGGCUGGACUCCAGAGUGAUGGUGACAUCCGCGGCAAGAACAGAGUUAAUCCUGCCGGAGCAGGACAGAAAAGCUGAUGAUGAAGGCAAAGGGUCAGGCCUGGGACCAAAUGAAGGCUGAGAGGUAUGGCUCGUCAGUACAAGAGAGAUGCAAAAAACUAAGUUGGAAAGUAAAGGCUACACACACAUACGGAGCACCCCAUCCCACAGCACAUUACAUCCACCUCACUUCACAGAACUGAGAACAGAGCAGAAAUGACCAGAACACCUUUGUCACCAUCACACAGCCCUCCUAAAAUGGAACCAAAGCUUCCCAGCUCCCUCAAAGCUUUGGAUGCAAAGAAGGCACCCUGACUUCCACAAGACACCAGAAUUCACACGGUACUCAGAGGCACUGCUGGGGAAGUUUGUUGGUCUUUAUUAGAUAAAUUUCCAGAGACCUGUCCAUAAUACCCAACAGAACAUGACUGUUUCUUUGAGGAAAGGGUUAUAAUGUCUGUGGUGUACAAGUCGUUUUUGGUAUAACUUCUUUCCUGCUGCUGCUGCUUCCCGGCAAACAUAGUUUUCCUAUUUCAGGCAGAGUGUGGUAUAUUCCAGGAAACACUGUUUCCUACUCACUUAGCUUACUUCUUUGUUGAAUGCCUCACUAAUGGCAAGCUUCAAGAUGUUUUGGGUGACAAUGCACACAUGCUGGGCAAAAGGGUGAUGGCCAGUGGCUGGCAGCCAGGCCAGCAGAAGCUAGGACAUCUGUGAGUUGUCAUUCUCAUCUAUCCAUGUCCACUGGCCUGCCAGCAUCCGCCAGUGCCUUGCCAGUGUGCACGGUCCCACACUGUGGCCCCUGAGUCCCCUAAUGUACACGCUGCAGCCAGAAUGCAGAUGGAGCUGGCUUGGCUGUUCCCUGGAUGGGCAAUAAAGAAAGUGCUGCAUCCCA